AUGAGCCUCGUCGGCAGGCCCCAGCCACAGCCCAUUGCCAUCGCAACCGCCCCGCUGAAGCCCACCUCGCGCAUCCGGUCCCGUGCGACGGCGACAGCGACGGCGACAGCGACAGCAAUGGCGACCCCUGCCCUUGCUCGCGCUAACACUGAUGCCGCGUCUGUGCAGAUGCUGUCACCGGCGGCACCGCCUGUCGCAAGCUACAAGAGUAAACAGAGGACCGUUAUACUACCCGGGCAGUAUGCUCAGGGUCAUACACCGCAAGUCAGCCGCGGCGGCACACUGAGUCACAGCAGCAGAAGCAUCGCAGGCCACUCUGCACCCGCUCUAGCCACUGCUCCUGCGUCCACUUCUCCCCCCGUAUCGGCUUCGGCAGCGAUCGCGUCAGCAUCGUCAUCGUUACCGUCCCUGCUGGUUCCCUCCGGUCCAAGCACAAGCGUGCCCCCAUCAGCAGCUUCGACAGCUGCAGCAGCUGCAACCGUACGCCCAUCGAAAGAGUACACUCUCCCUGCACGCAGCAAGCCUGGGCGCAAACCUAUGAACGACGAGCCCGCCACAAAGCGAACGGCGCAGAACCGCGCGUCUCAGCGCGCCUUCCGCGAGCGGCAGCAGGCGCAC